ACGAACAUGAAUUUGUCGUCAAUACGACCCUGAUAUGACAAGACGUGUUCUGGCCACGCCUGCUAUUGCAACUCAUUCUACCCCUUACUAGCACACCACCACUGGCCUAAUGUCUGUGAGCAAACUCACCACCUGCCUCUGGUUCGACGGCCAAGCAGAGGAAGCCGCCUCGUUCUACACCUCCAUAUUCAAGAACUCCAAAAUCACGGGGCGCCACUACUUCCCCGAAACCGGUAAGGAGUUACACGGGCGCGAGGCGGGUAGCCUCAUGACUAUCGAAUUCGAGCUUAAUGAUCAGAAGUUUGUCGGCCUUAACGGUGGGCCCUACUUUAAAUUCACGGGGGCAAUCUCUAUCAUGGUCAACUGCAAGGACCAGGCCGAGGUCGACUACUACUGGGACAAGCUCAGCGAGGGCGGCGAUAAGAGCAAGAGGCAGUGCGGCUGGCUGGCGGACAAGUUCGGCCUGUCGUGGCAAAUCGUGCCUGACGAGUUCCACAAGAUGCUGAACAGUACAGAGAUAGAGAAACGGGACCGUGCGUAUAUUGCUAUGUUGCACAUGGAGAAGCUUGACGUGGACGGGCUACGCAAGGCUUUCGACGGGGAAUAAACUUACUUUUACUGGCUUCUCUGCUUGGAUAAGUUGACACCAAUACCCGCCUUAGAAGUUUAAACGCGCGAUAGCGGCAGUGAGGGAAGUUGAGGUGCUCAAAAGCCUAGCGCGGGGUCAAAUAAGCAAUGUAGGUAUUAGGUACGUGAGUUCCUAAUAGGUCUUAAAUAGCAAAAAGAAAUUUUUUACACUGUAACGCAUUCCACGAGCUUUCCGCGCAGCCUCGCAUAGAAAAUGGCCAAGCCUUGAUCCGUUCCCGCUGGCUUUCACAGCCGCUGCAGCUCGCUGGCACUGGAAACAGGAGAUUCCAGGGAUCCAGCGUGGAAG